AUGAGCAGGCGCUGUCCACCUGUCGCCUCCGUCUUGAGGGGACUCCUCGGCUCUGCUUUCCUCUGCCUGGCGCGCAAUAUGAGCCUGCGCGGAGCUUCGGCCCCCUGCCCUGCAGGGCCCUCGGGUGGCGGCGCUGGCAGCGGCGGUGGUACCUUCCUCGGCGCCGCCGCCGCCUCGUCCUGCUCCUCCUCCUCCUCCGCUCCCCGGCUGAGCCUGCCGUGGCUGCGGCUGCCGGGGGUGCCGGGGGCCGAGCCCUCCCAAGCCAAUGACGUGCUGCUGCUCCUGCCCGCCUCUGGCCCGCUGCUGCUGGGGCCGCCUCAGCAUCACGUCGUCUAUUUCCCGGGCGACGUGCAGAACUAUCGUGAAGUUAUGGUUUGCCAUGCAGAAAAUGUCCAGUGGGAACGCUGGUGCUUAGAAAACGUUGCUGCUCUUCUAGGUCGUCGUUUCCCAGGCAGUUAUAUUUGGGUUAUAAAAUGUUCCCGUAUGCAUUUGCACAAAUUCAGCUGCUAUGACAAUUUUGUGGCAAGCAACAUGUUUGGAGCACCUGAACACAGUCCUGAUUUUGGAGCCUUUAAACACCUGCAUGCGUUAUUAGUUAAUGCAUUUAAGCUUGCCCAAAACAUCCUGCUGCCUCAGAAGAGCACACAUGAAUUUGGCAAGGAUGAAAAGGCAAUACCUUGUAAAUCAACUGCUGUCCCUACAACCAAUGGAUGUCCAGCAGCAGAAAAAGAACAAGAUUGUGAACAUUUCACCAAUUGUUCCAAGAACUUCCUUGAGCCUUCUGUUAGUGGAGUGUCAUUCACUUUAAUAGGGUUCAGUAAAGGAUGCGUUGUCUUGAACCAAUUACUGUAUGAACUUAAAGAGGCAAAAAAGGAUAAGGAUAUAAAUGCCUUCAUAAAAAACAUAAAAGCAAUUCACUGGCUGGAUGGUGGCCAUUCUGGAGGGAGCAAUACUUGGGUGACCUGCCCUGAUGUGCUGAAAUACUUCUCACAGACUGGGAUUGCAGUCAGUGCUCACGUUACACCAUACCAGGUAUAUGAUACAAUGAGGUCAUGGAUUGGAAAAGAGCACAAGAGAUUUGUACAAAUUCUUGAGGAGUUGGGUGUAACUGUAAAUAGCCAGCUUCAUUUUGCCAAUGAAGCACCUUCCUUAGAUAAUCACUUCAGAGUUCAUGAAGUAUUCUGACACUGUGAUUGUAAGAAAAUACUGUAUUAACUGCAAGAGCACACCUUAAGAGUCUGAGGUGCUUUCUUCUAAGUCCUGAAAGGGGGAAGUACAAUAAUAUGUGCUAAUGUUAAUUUUUUAAUGAAAGCCCUACCUUGUCUUUCUUUGGCAAUUGAAGAUCCACAAGAAAACUACAAUUUAAAGAGAAGUACUUUUGUUCUGAUCAAGGCUGUAUCUCCCGAGGAAAAGCAACGACUGCAUCUGAAAAUAUUUCUCUUAGCAUCAGAGGGAGAGUUUAUUUGCUAUUUGCUUUACUUGUGUAGAUUUCUGUAGGAAAAACUUUCAAAUCAAGGCGCUAAAAAAGAUUGCAUUCUAAAAUGCCUGUAAUGACUCAAGACACUCUAGGUGUAGAAUAUUUCUGAAAGAUCUAUUCCUGUUGUUUGGAAGUCUUUACUCAAUAACCAUGGGCUAGAAACACCUGUUGCAAUUAACAACACUUGGGGUUUUAACACUGUGGCAUAGCACAAGCAAUGCAGUAAGUUGGUUAUACUGAUAAGUCUUCCGUACAAUUGAAAUACAAAUGACACUUUCCUCGGGAAUGAGGAGCAUGACUAUUAGACUCCUGCAUUGAAGGUGCCCUGCAUUUUCUGAUCAUUGGUGAACAUCUAGUGAAUGGCUUUGGAGACUUAAGAAUAUUAAGCAUCAGUUCGUCUUUAAGUGACCAAGAAUGUAUGAUCUUACUCCCGAUUCAACAUUCCCUAUUAAUAUUAAAGCUUGACUCAACUCUAAAUACAUUUUUGAAUGUUUGUAUCUUGAGACUGGUAAAACUGCUUGUGGCAAGCUAGCUUUUGCUGAAAACCAAGCCACAGAUAUACUGGAUGCUAAUAUAGCUUAUGGCAAGUCUUAGCAAAAUGUUAGUUGCACAAGUGUUUGGAAAAGGUUAUAACAUAAAUUCCAUUUGCUAAUCUAGAAAAUAGCCUCUACUGAGAAUGCAAAACUAUUACAGUGUAAACCACCUUGAAAUCUAUGUGGUUAACAAAGAGCUAUUACUAAAGCUAGUAUUCAGUAAUAACUGACUGAAGAGUAACUUUGAUAUACUGUCUGGAACUCUGUGAAAAAUACUUUGAAAUACUUCUAAUGGACUAGAAUUUAUACAAAAUCCUUCUCUUCCCAUCCCCUCACACUGUCAGAAAAUCAUUUGUGUGGAAAAUAACUGGUAACAAGUAUGUAGAUAGGAGAUUCACUACUUUUGAGCAUGAAUAAACUACAAGUACUAUAGUAUUUGGUUAGAAUACUUUUGAGAGUAAACGAAUUUAAGACUUUGAAGAGAACAUGCAAUUAAACCCUUAUCCAUCCAAGAUACUGUUGCCCUAAUCCAGUAGUUCCUUCCUGGCAUUCUGAAUUCACACAGUUCAGAGGUGCAUGUGAAGCGAUGUGCACAUGAAAGUAAACCAGGGAGCCAGUUCACGGACACCAAGGGCCAAACUACAUGCUAUAUUAAGCAUGUACUCUGGCACAUGCUUGCCUGCUAAAAUCUGUUGAGAAGAGGAUAUCUAGGAGGAGAGGAUAUCUAGGAGAAGAGGAUAUCCAUGGCAGCAGAAAAGGAUUGAAACUUCCUCUCAUCGCACCCCUGCUGUGGCCCUAAAUGUGUACCUGGGAGGCUCUAAGUAUGCCUCCCAGGUACACCCACAGCUCUGAGUUGGGUUGCUUUUUGUAUAGCCAAGACACCAAUGUGCAUUCUAGGAUGUGGAGCAUACUUUGUAGUUGCACAUUCCAUUUGGUGGUUCCUGUAGCACCUUGACUCUCAUGGGAGAGAUGGGCAGGAUUCUUGCACUUCACUUUGUGGAGCUCACUUUUUAAACAAGUCAUCCCUUUUGUUUGUGAUGGUUUCAUUAUCAACCUUGUGACCAAAAUAUCCAAACUCUAGCAGUCAAUCCCAGUAUCCAUUUGAAAGAAGUUGAACAUUGAUCAGACGACUGGAUGAGAUUUCUAUUGUCUUUCGAGUUCUUAAGAAGAACUACUUCAGAGGAUAAGGAUGGUAAGUUAGUUUUCCAUAGCACAGUGUGUUCAGCACAGCACAUAGCAGCUGCUGCUGGCCUUUGAAAGUUUUGUGACCCUGCCAUUCUGAAUGAGCACUUUAGGGUUUUUUCAUAGGUGUUGAUGUAUUUUGAAAUGGUUUCUUAUAAGAUCUGUCUUGUCCAUUGUGGAGGUAGCCUAGCUGCUGUUUGGUUUCUUAAGAUAACUGGAGGACUCUUGGACUGUGCUUCUCUUCAUUACAAUGUUCGAGGGAAACAUGCAGACAGUGUAAAAUGGAAAAUAGCUGUUAACAGUAGAUAAAUACUAUGAAUGUAAAAAUGUUGAAAGGUUUUUAAACUUCUGAUAUUUUGCCACAUUGGUAAAGUAGUAUUUUGUACAAGUCCCACAAAUGUAAUGUUACAUUUCAAAAUCAUUUAAUACAGACAUCUGCUUAUAGUCUGUGUUUCAAAUCUAAAAAAUAAAUCUUAACCAUGAAAUACA